UAUCGUGUCCUCGAUUCUCUGAGAGUUGAGAAAUAAAAGCGGACGCCAGUUUAAAGUAGUUUUCUGACCAACUUUUUUCCAGCUUUGAUGUAGAGGCUAAUUUCUAGGAGAAAGUAGUAUUGUAGCAGUAAUGAAGUAUUGUCUUCUCAGCAAAGCUCUGUUGUUGUAGAUCAUUAAAUCGUGAUGUUGUCUCAGAAGUCUGUCUGAAGUCUCUUUCGGAGGAACCGUGAACAAACGCUGUCUGUAAAGUCAUUGUCUGAUAAAGGAGCGAGUCAUAAAGCUUUCGGACGAGUCUGAGGAGAGAAAUUCAUGUUCAGUGAAGCUCCUCACAACAAUCACACAUUCAGCAGUAAAUGCUGGAAUAUUCCCAUCAGUUUACAAGUGAAGACGAGCAUCAGAGCAUCAGGAAGAGCUGAGUUUAUUAAAGAGGACAGAGAGAAGAUGAGAGAUCCAGAACCCUGCAGAAUCAAACACACUGAAGAUACUGAACAACAAACAGAGUUGAUUGAAGAAAAUGAGGAGAAUGAAGAAUUGAAUGAAGUUGAGGGAAUAAAUCACUUCAGAACUGGAAAAAAACCUUUGAGUUGCUCUGAAACUCAGAAAGAUUUAAAGAAAAGAAGAGCCAAGAAAUCUUUCACCUGCACUCAGUGUGGAAAGAGAUCGACAUACAAACAUCAUCUUGUGCUUCACAUGAGAGUUCAUACUGGAGAGAAACCUUACAAGUGUUCACACUGCGACAAGAGAUUCAGUCACUCAGGAACCCGGAAAACACAUGAGAGGAUCCACACUGGAGAGAAACUGUACACAUGUGAUCAAUUGAAGAAACACCUGAGAGUUCAUACAGAGGAGAAGCCACAUUCAUGUUAUUUGUGUGGAAAGAGUUUUUCACAUCUACAAAGUUUGAAAGUACAUCAGAAAAUACACACUGGUGUGAGAGAGUACAUGUGCUUUGAGUGUGAAAAGACUUUUACUUCAGCGAGCUGUUUAAAACUGCAUGAGAGGAUUCACACUGGAGAGAAACCUUACAAGUGUUCACACUGUGACAAGAGAUUCAGUCGGUCAUCAAGUCUGAAAACACAUGAGAGGAUUCACACUGGAGAGAAACCUUACAAGUGUUCACACUGCGACAAGAGAUUCAGUCACUCAGGAACCCGGAAAACACAUGAGAGGAUCCACACUGGAGAGAAACCGUUUACAUGUGAUCAGUGCGGGAAGAGUUUCACAAUAAAAGGAGAACUUACAAUACACAUGAGAGUUCAUACAGGAGAGAAACCAUUCACUUGUGAUCAGUGCGGGAAGAGUUUCACACACUCAUCAAACCUUAAGAUACACAUGAACAUCCACACUAGAGAGAAACUGUACACAUGUGAUCAAUGCGGGAAAACAUUUUUGAGAGCUUCACACCUGAAGGAGCACCUGAGAGUUCAUACAAAGGAGAAGCCACAUUCAUGUUAUUUGUGUGGAAAGAGUUUUUCACGUCUACAACAUUUAAAAGAACAUCAGAAAAUACACACUGGUGUGAGAGAGUACAUGUGCUUUGAGUGUGAGAAGACUUUUACUUCAUCAAAGUGUUUAAAACUGCAUGAGAUGAUUCACACUGGAGAGAAACCUUACAAGUGUUCACACUGUGACAAGAGAUUCAGUCAGUCAUCACAUCUGAAAACACAUGAGAGGAUUCACACUGGAGAGAAACCGUAUCACUGCACUGCGUGUGGGAAGCGUUUCAAUCAUUCAUCUGCUCUACACAGACAUACAAAAAACAAUCACAGUAAGUAGAUCAUCUUCAGAUCUUUCAGGUCUGAUGUUGUGUCAUCACCAAAUGUGACACAAUAAUGCAUCAAGCUAUAAAAUAUCAUCUGGAUAAAUCUGUCAUAACAAGAGACAUGAGCAGGGUUUGAAAAAAAAAAAAAAAGUAAAGCGGUUCACUCCGAGUAGAAUCGAAAGUUUAAAGUUUCUGCUCCUGCGUUCCUCUGUAUUAUUAGCGUUCCGAAACCGGUUCGAGUAGAAAAAAUAACGGUUAAUAAUAUAAUUUUUUUUAAAUUGUCUUUGCCUAUAAUAAUAAUAAUAAUAGCCUAAUAAUAAUAAUAACAAUAAUAAUAAUACAGUGUUUUCUUUACACAAAAAGAAAAAGAAAGAAAAAAACAGAAAGAGAUGGUAUCUUAACCCGCUGCGCUUAGUCACAGCCAGCAUCAUCUUUUCUAGAUUUGCCUAAAUGUAGGCUACUAAACAAAAGAAAAAAAAUCUAUUAAUGAUUUAAAGACAUUAAAGUAUUGUUUUACAGAUAUUUAAAAAUGUUUGCUGCAUUUGUAACGGUGUUAUUUUGGUUAUAUUAUUUCCACUCAAAACCCCCUUUUUUUCUUUCUAUUAAAUAUAAAUGUAAUUUUAUUUAUUUGAUAUGAUUGUAUCUAUUAUUUUAUUGUUAUAAGUUAAGAUGUGUAUGAUUUUCAAGAUUUGUUCAGGAAGUCACUAUAUCUUGUUCUGGCGCCCGCGCGCUUUGCUCCAGUUCACUUCCUUCUGAGCCGAGAGAAGGUUGUCUCGUAGUUCGUCGAGGCAUUAAACUGUAAUAUUACUGAAAUUUGACGAUAAAUUCUGAAUUGAAGCUGUUUCUUGCUUUGUUAAACAUACUUUGCGAUGCGGGAUUAUGAGAUUGUUAUGUCAUCUCCCUUAACAUAUGUUGAGGCCCCCUGUCUACUUCCUAAAAGCAGGCUGGAGACACAGCCAAAAAAGGUGAAAUGGCAUUGUAUGAAAUGUACUGAACACGCCUAGAGGAAAAACUGUAUAAAUAUCUGUGUCCAUACAGCCUUCGAUAGAAAUUC